GGAAUGUCGUAUUCGCUUAGUUUAAACCUCCGCUCUGUACUACGUGAGGCAAUCUACGUAUAAGAAGAGAUGAUUCUUCGGAAGAUGGUCUUAAAUAUAAGCCGAUUGAUGAGCCUGACAACUGUCGGUACGAAUAUUAAAGUAGAAGUUUCAUCUAAAUAUCUCCAUCACGCUUCUACUUCACAUAUUAUCUCGCCAUGGCUUCUGCUCUAAUUUCAAAGCCUAGCACAAAUAUUACGGUCAAAGAAUUUGGCUUUUCUGCCCUCCAGGGUGUCGACUGGUCGAACUAUCUGGCCCACCGCCCAGCCUAUCCGCAAUCUUUUUUUGAGCGCAUCUAUAACUACCAUGCCCAAAAGGCCGGGGUAGCUUGGUCCGUAGCUCAUGAUAUUGGCGCUGGCUGUGGAGUCGUCUCUUCAGUCCUUGCUACUCACUUCGACAACGUCAUUGUCUCGGAUCCUAACGACGGAUAUACUAAGCUCGCCCGAGAAUUUCUGGUUGAAAAGUCAUUGUUCCCCGAGUCCAAAUUCAGGUUUCUUCAAGAAACUGCCGAGGAAAGCUCAGUUGAAUCGGGUACUGUCGAUCUGAUCGCCGCGUGCGAGUGUAUUCAUUGGACUACACCGGACAUUGCGAUCAGAGAAUUCGGGAGGCAGCUCAGAGCUGGUGGCACGCUUGCGAUCACAUACUAUACUCGCCCGCUUAUUGAGGCAAACGAGCGGGCUGUAAGAGCAUGGAAGGCUCUCUGGGAUGCCUUUUCGAAGAAAGUUCAAAACAGGACAAGUGACAACGCUUAUAAAAUAGCCAAUACUGCACUUGAAAGCUUAGAGUUCCCUGAGGAAGAUUGGGAGGGCUUGAAGAGGAUAUACAUUAAUGCUCAGGGGACUCUCGACGGUUUCAUGCUAGAUGACAGAAGAAGUGAAAGUAGGGUGAAGGAAAGUGAGGAGAAAGUCUGGGUAGAAGAUGAUGAUUGGUGUGAUAUGUGUGGCAUCGAGUGGCUCAAAGGCUAUUUCGCUACCUGGGAACCGCGCAUCCAAGAGUCCGAAAUGCAGGACAUUUGGGAUGAGUUAGAGCUUGCUUUGGAAGGGAAGCAAGUCAAGACCAAGACACCGAAUGUGAUGAUUUUAGCCACAAAGAGGGCAUAAAAAGUAUAUGCGAUGCUAACGCUAGGUAGAAGCUAGAUGCUAGCACUUAAGCAACCGCGUGAAGAGGUAAUAGGGUUGGUUCUAUAUAAGAGGGGAGGGGAACACGGUGUCUUUGGGGCCUCGUAAGUUCUGCUAGGUAUAAAAUACGUAGGUACGUAGUAGUCUAAGGACCGGGCAAGAUAACGUAUAUAAAACUAGAUGUUUUCACCAAUAUCAAGGAUAUCACCCCAUCCUCCUCUCAAUUUUCUUAUCAUUUUGAGUCUCUUAACUCUUCUCUCCACCUGUUUGUACGUUCUUCCUCGGAGAGGGACACAGUCUCAGUCCAGAAGCAAGAAUCCAUAAAAUUAUUAGCUGGAAUUGAGAUGACGGUUCUCUGAUUGUAAAUUCUGAGUGUUGGUCAAUAGUCGGCAAUAGUAUUUCUAAUUUACGAC